CGCUCCCCCAGGGGCUGCAGGGAAACGGUUCCAGCUGCUUCCCGGAACGGAGCAGCGCGGGGCCGGGGACCAAGGCAGGCAUGCAGGGAGCCUGCUCUGGCCCCGGUGCAUGCAGCUGCCACUCCGGAGCUGCUCUAGACAUCCAAGAAUAAUACAGAAGAACCUUCACUCUCAUCACCAUGAAGGGAACCUGGGCUGUCGUCCUUUGUUCACUGCUCCUGAUUGCAGCUGAAAUUCAAGGUCAGCUGACUUCUGGACAAGGACGUUGCAGCUGCACAGGGAAAGGGUCUGAUUCCAUUCAGCGAAAAGCCUUAGGAAAAAUAGAAGUGAUUCCCAAGAGCUCUUCCUGUGACCAUGUUGAGAUCAUUGCGACAAUGAAGCCCACUGGAGAGCAAAGAUGUUUGAACCCUAAUUCCAAAUGGGUUCAGAAGUUGGUGACAGCCCUCAUCAAGAAAAGGUCUUCACAAAGUACUCACCUGUAAAGGAGAAGAGCUAAGGAUCACUUCAGCAGCGCUUCAGGCCCCCUCUCCAGCGAGCAAUGAACUUGUCUGUUUCCUCCACCUGGCUCUACAGCUUUUAAAAUACAAAUGCUGCAGCUGAGGCAAGUUGUUCCCAACACAAAGUCGUUGUAUCCAUUAAGAUGACAUCUGGGUUGUGACAUCAUCUCAGCACUGUGAUGGAACAUCAGCAUGUCACGGCAGGACAUGUAGUGAGGCCUCUGUAACCUCAGUAAUCCUACUGGCAAACUAGUGACAGUAAAGGCCCAGUUUGUCUUUGGGGUCUCCUGGUGGCUAUAAGUGGUAAUAGAUUGAUUCUGCUUAUCUAAUUAGCAAAUAUUUCUUUGAGCCACAUGGAUGGGUAAUUAUAUUAUUAUAAUCAUAACUCAGAGAUAAAAAUAUUCUCAGGUAACACAUAAUAAGAAUUCCAAGUUAUUUUUUUCUAGCAGGUUUGAAAUUAAUGUAAUUCUUAGAUAUACAUGUUCCAUGUUAAUUUAUAUAAUAUCACAUAUGAUUGUUGUUCUAGGGUAUGUGAAACAUUUGCCUGUAGGCUUUAUAAAUAAAAUUGAAGAUUAUAAUCUAAAGCGAACCACACUCUGUGUUUAACUGAUGUAUAAACGUUUAUUACAUAGAUUAAAUGCAUCUGAUCAUUAUGAAAUGUAAUAUAACAAAUGACUGUAAUAUAAUAUUCACAAACAUUCCUUGUGUUAGACUUCUCCUUUUAAAGAUAAACCAAUUAAGGUGAAUAAAAGACACUAAAAACUGUAA